AUGGCCAAUGCUACCGCGAUAUAUUGCUUGGCACAGCAAAUCGGUCAGAUAGUGGGCACGAGCGGCAGCACUGCCGCUCUACAGCAACUUUUCCGUCUGCGACUGGGUGCCAACUUGACUGGCACACCCAACAGCACAAAGAUUAUACAGAAGAUUCUCCAAAACUAUUGGUACAUUGAAGAGCUGCCUCACGCCCUCCGACGAGUGGUCCAAUUCAGCUACAUCGAGGCAUUCCGUUUGGUUCCAGCCCUCUCGACGACUAUGGCCGUCAUCACUGGAAUUAUUGUUUCCUUCACAUAA